GGCCUGAACGCGAGCUGGCCUUACAUUAUUGCCGCGAUUGUUCUUGCUAAAUAUACAUACCUUCUGUGAGCUUGUUACCAGAGCCUUUGCGACGAACCCAACAGCUCCAGUCUUACCUUGUUCAUACAUAAGUACAAGGCACUAAAACAAGAAUAGAGAGCAAGUGACAGGCCGGCCGCGCAAAUGGCGGAGGUGAAAAAGAAGAUUAAGCCAGGCGCUAUCGAGGCGCACGCAGAGGAGCUCGCAAUUGUUGUGCACUAUGAGGUCCAGGAGGUUAGCACGCAGUCAGAUGGGAGUCAAAAAGUAAUCAGCAAGGAGCCUGGCGAGAAGAAGAUCUCUGUCAAAUCCCUGUCAGAGAAGACAAAUGUUCCGCUCUUAGCAACGGAAAUCAUCGAGAAGUGCAAGCUCAUUCACCCAUCGAAGGCGGGGCAAGUGGAGGAGCUGCUUUACCAGUUGCAGAGCCGGGGUGGCGGUGGCGGAGCCGAUGCAAAGGCAAAGCCCGCAGCCAAGCCUGCUGCGGCGUCUCCAGCGAAGUCAGCGGCAGCAGCUCCGCCCCCGCCGUCGAAUGUGGCGCAGUCGCCACAAAAGCCGGGGCAGCCGCCCAGCACCCCCUCCAAAAAGCCACCGGCGGCAGCUGGGGCGCCUGCUCCCAUGCUGAACGGGAAGCCGGCGCCGAAGGCGCAGAGCCGGUUGGAUGCAGAGGCGGAGGAGCGGGCGGACCUGCAGGCGCGGCGCCAGGCGCAGGCGAUGCAGAUCUUCAAGAUGCAGCAGAAGCAGUAUGAGCAGGCGUACAUGAACAAGCUGGACGAGUACAUUGAGGGCCUGUACGAGGAGGAGAUGCCCAAGAAGGUCCGCGCCACGGGCAUGAUCGCGCAGCUGUUCCGGAACACGGAGAACUUCGAGGUGCUGCUGAGCCACGAGACGUUGAUGCAGACGCUGUCGCGCGUGCUGCGUGAGGACGGCAAGCGCUCCAUCGACCUGUGCACCAACAUCAUCUCGGUCUUCUUCUCUGUCUCCAACUUCACGCAGUUCCACGGGCUGAUCAUGCAGAACCAGGUCGGCGCGCUGACCAUGGACCUGAUUGACCUGGAGAUCAAGCGCACGGAGCACAGGGCGUCGGAGGAGAACAUCUCGCCCGCCAUGGUGGCGCAGAAGGCGUUGGAGGCCAGCCAGGGCCAGGUGACGCUGAGCGAGCGCGAGAAGAAGCUGCUGGCGCUAAUUCAGAAGCAGGACCGGCUGCUGUACAUCGCCUUCUACAUGCUGCUCAACCUGAGCGAGGACAUCGAGGUGGAGCGCAAGAUGAAGAAGAAGAACAUCGUGGUGUACCUGGUGAAGAUGCUGGAGCGCUCCAACGUGGAGCUGCUCAUCCUGGCCACCACCUUCCUCAAGAAGCUCUCCAUCUACAAGGAGAACAAGGAGACCAUGUCCAGCUGCAAGAUCGUGGAGAAGCUGAUGAAGUUCGUGCCGGUGCUGAACGACGUGUUGCUCAUGAGCGUGCUGCGCCUGCUGCAUAACCUGUCCUUCGACCACAGCCUGCGGGACGACAUGGUCAAGCACGGCCUCAUACCCAAGGCGGUGGAGCUAAUGAUGGUGCCGCGCUUCCAGCCGGUGGUGCUGGGCCUGCUGUACCACAUCUCCAUGGAGGACAAGUACAAGAGCCUCUUCACCUUCACUGACUGCCUCAACAAGAUGUACGACAUGCUCAUGCGCGUGCAGGCGGACCUGCGCAACACACCGGAGCUCAUCGCGCUGGCAGUCAACCUCACGCAGAACCCGCGCAACGCGGAGACGAUGUGCGAGGGCGACCGCUUCGACAAGAUGAUGCGGCGCGCCUUCCAGACGUGCGACGAGCUGAUGUUCAAGGUGCUGCGCAACCUGAGCCAGCAGGAGGGGAUCAACAUCAAGCGCCGCUUCGGGCCGUACGUGGAGCAGCUGGUCACGUUGCUGCGGGCGCCCGACAUCACCGCUGAGCUGUUCGUGGAGGUGCUGGGCUGCCUGGCCAACCUCUACAUCCCCGAGUUCGACUUCCUGGGGCUGGUGCGCAAGCACGACCUGCUCACCUUCCUGGCCACCUACGCGCAGCCGGGCGCCGUGGACGACGACAUCCUGCUGGAGGUGGUCAUGUUCGUGGGCGUGCUGUGCAACGAGGGCACCGCGCCGCUCAUCGUCAGCAGCGGGCUGGUCACGACGCUGUUCCAGCUCAUGGGCGACAAGAAGGAGGACGACGAGUUCGUGCUGCAGAUCGCGUUCACGUUCCACAAGUUCCUGCUGCACGACGAGACGCGCGCCUCGCUGCUGACCAACACGCAGCAGGUUGUGUUCUACCUGGUGGACCUGCUGCAGGACAAGAACAAGGAGGUGCGGCGUGUGGCGGACCAGUGCCUGGACAUCAUCAUGGACACGGACGAGGAGUGGGCGGUGCAGAUCCGCAACCUCAAGUUCGAGUCCUUCAACCAGGAGUGGCUGGACGUGGUGUCGCAGCCCGCGGGCGGCAUGGCGGCGCACGCCGGCCGCCAGCGCAACGGGUACGACGACGAGACGGAGGUGGACUACAGCGGCGGCGACGGCUACUACAACAUCGGCGACCAGCGGUUGGUGGCGGACUUCGACGACCUGGGCACCAACGGCGGCACGUGGGGCCCCGGCGAUGAGGGGCUGCAGGGCGGCUACGAGGGCAACUAUGACGGCUAUGACGAGGAGGAGCUGAGGCAGGGGUACGCCAUGUGAGGCGCAGUCCCGAGCUCCAAGCCCGAGCUGCGCCAGUAGCGGGCAUGCAUGGCAUGUGGUGGCAAAGGAGGAAGCGGAAGACUGGGAGACAGUUGGGGUGGGCAUGGGGCAGGGGGCGUGAGACACGGGCAGCAACGAGCAAGUGCAUCUUGCCGUGCGGCGAAGGAGGAAGGUUGCGCAGGCUCCGGCGUACAAGGUGAGGUGGCGAGUUUUAGUUGUAGCUGUACGGAUGGUGCCGUGGCGGUCAGGACAGGCAGGAGGACGUAGAGCGAACCCCAGGAGGAUGCAGCCGUGCAGGCAGCAGUCCUUAAGUCCUUUAGAUGUGUGUUAGUUUUGUGGGCGCGCGCCACAUGGACCUUGACAACCUAAUGGCAAGCUGUGGCCAACUGUGCGCCGCAGUGAGAAGGACUCGGUUAUGGGAGGACAGUAGGCAGCCGAACUCUUGAAGCUGGCGCUGGGUUUAUGUGAAACGGGCGAGCUACCGUAUGUGUGUCUUGUACAUUUGUGACAUGAACCCUUUGUAUCGAGUGCGUGCUCUGUGGCAUACACGUGGGAGGACUUAUAUGGGAUGAAGCGCGCUGGGUUGGCGUGCGUAGGGUGCAGGGUGCAGUCAGAGUCAUGAUGACGUGCACGGGUCCAACCACUCAACCGUACUGCAACAUGUACGUUUCACAUGUGUCUACCCUGCACUCUACACGCAGUGCUCGUAUCUUCCAUCUACACUGUAGAAAUGUGCCCAAAAUCCGCCGAAGGCGGAGAAAAAAUUUUGGGUUUGGGUGCCACGCAUCUACGCAGUGUAGACGGUUUUGGCCGGUUUUGGCGCAAAAAUGGGGGAAGCGUAGACGUUUUAGGGGGCUUGGGGGCUUAAGUGUAGACGCCGCGGUCAGGGUCAUCUACGCAUGUGUAGAUGCCGGGUGCCUGAGGGCAUCUACAAGAUACGAGCACUGUCUACACGUCAUCUUUCUGGUCAUAUUAUUCCAAGCAGCGUGCCAGCGUCAUGGACCGGCUAACUGCUGUCAUGAUUGCAAAUGACCUUGUACCAGUGUGUGCUGCUAUUUGUCUUUGCAAACGGUGCGUUGGGGCAUCCAUGGCCAGGGGCGCUGGGGUGAGGUGGGGUUGGGGAAAUGUGGGUGGUGCCGUGGGGGAGAGGGGCGUGGCUGGGGCAUACCAUGGAUCCAGGUUGGAAUCGUUCAUUU